GUGUAAUCAUUGCUACGCAUUAAACAUUAAGCAAGCUGCUGCAGAGAGUAGCAGAGCAACAGACCAUAAUACUGUAGCAAGAGGCACCUAUCAAAGAUCCAGUGAUCAAGYAGAGAUCAAUCUGUUUCCAUGGCGUCUGAGCAGCAAYGGGGUGAUGAGCCCUCUCUCCCCAGGGAAGAGGCCGUGUGCCCGGGCUGUCAGGGAUCAGGGCCCCUGGUCCUGCCGUGUGGCCACAGCCUGUGUGAGGCCUGCCUGGGGCUGUGUGAGGMCGAGCUGGGCCAGGGMGGCUGUACGAUCUGCUACGGCAGAGACCUGCUGGACUGCGUCCUGAAGAGACUGCUGGACUCCCUGUUCCAAGGGCAGCCGCGGCGGGCCAGGGAUGGAGGGGUAGAGGACGGGGACAGGGAGAUGUGUCCUCUGCAUGGGGAGAGGCUGACAUUGUAUUGUGUGGAGGACAAGGAGAUGGUGUGUGUGGAGUGUCAGAGCGAGGAGCACGACGACCACGAGUGUCGUCCCACGGAGGAGGCUGUGCACGACUGCAAGAGGGAGCUGACGUCUGCCCUGAGACCUCUACAGGAGAAGCUGGAGGCUCUGAACACUGUCAAACAGACCUGCGAGGAGGCAGCUGAACACAUCAAGAGCCAGGCACAGCAGACCGAGCGCCUGGUGCAGCAGCAGUUUGAGAAGCUGCACCAGUUCCUCCGAGACGAGGAAGCRGCUGUGAUCURUGCUCUGAAGGAAGAGGAGCAGGAGAAGACCCAGAGGAUGAGGGACCGGAUAGACAGAACAACAGACCAGAUCAACUCUCUAGCUGAGGCCAUUGAGGCGACGGUGGAGGCCAUGGACACUGGUGAUGACAUAUCCUUCCUCAAGAACUUCAAGAGGACCUCUGAGAGGACUCAGGUGACAGUACAGGAGCCAGAGGAGGUGGCAGGAGCUCUGCUGACGUUGCCAAACACCUGGGCUGUCUCAACUACAGACUGGAGAAGAUGCAGGACGACUCCAGGUGCGUACAGGAGCCAGGAGAGGUGGCAGGAGCUCUGCUGA